AUGGCAGCGCUAGAGCCACACAGCGAGCUCUUUCGGCCUUCCAAACGUCGCAAGUUCUAUCGAAAAAGACUCGAGACCGUUGACGAUAAUGGAAAGGUCAUCCAGUCUGCCACGGAAGAAGCAUAUCUCCCGUCACCUUCCCCUCCGGAAGACAGACGCCUACAAGACUUGCCUUCAGCCAACACCAGCCACGAUGAGACCGUCUCCGUCGCCGAGGUUUUGCGCCUGCGUAAAGCGGCGCAGCGAAAGAAGGCCGGCGUCGAAUUCACAAGCAGUACAGCUCUAAGUCGAUACCCACCUCCGCCAAGUGAUGCUAUCAUGAUAAGGCCGGAAGACACAAGCCCAGCGAAUCUUGAUAGCAUGGCUUCUCGCUUUGCUCCCCAGACAGGUCAUGUCACUGAGGAGACCGACAAACAUAUGACGGCAUAUAUAGACGCUGAAUUAGCAAAACGAAGACAACAAAGCCAGCCGGCUACUGAAUGUCCUCCCUUGUCCCCAAACGGCACACCCGUCUCACCCACACCAAACCCCCGCAAUCCAGCCUCAUCAGGCAAAUUGCAUGAAAUUGACUUAGGACCCGACGCAAAAGCUCUGAACAUCGCACGAACGCAGGCCGCUAUAUCAGGCUAUCAACCUCCACCGCCACCGCCGAAGCCACCAAAACCUCGCAUUGGCCGGAAUGGGAAAACCUACAUACCAAAACUUCGGCCACGUAAUACACGGAAUAGUGCCGACGUAGAGCGAGACCGAGUCGUAGAGGAAUUGCUGCGCGAGAAUAGGCUUGAAAGUGUCUACGACGAACCAGCAAGAGGCGACGGCCAGGCAGCCACUGCCACAGGGUCAGGUGACGGAGGUGAGAGCGAUGGGGCUGCGGAUGAACGUCUUGCUGAACAAUUCCGACGGGAGUUCCUGGACGCAAUGAGCCAAAGAAAAGAAAAAGCAAACAAAGUUCCAGCGCCGCCUGGCGCUGGUAAGCCAGGCGAUGAGAAAUCGAAAGGGCCCAAAUUAGGUGGCAGCAGGAGUGAGAGAGCCAAGAUGAGGGAGAGGGAGGAGGCUGCCAUCAGAGCUGCGGCAGCGGCGAAAGGGAGAAGAUGA